AUGCUCGUCUUAAUCGCCGGAAUAUCUGGCAGCCUUGGUAGCCGCUUAGCAAUGGUUGCGAAGGAGCGCGGUGUCUCUGUCAGGGGCCUGGGACGUGAUCCCUCAAAAUUGAGUCCUGAGCUGGCCCAGAGUCUGGAGUCCUUCGUCACAAGUCGCAACUACUAUGAUAUUCCAGCUCUAGAUAAGGCCGUAGCCGGUGUUGAUGCGAUUAUCUGCGCUUACAACCCGACACCUCUACUGGAUCUCGACGGUUGCCUCUUACUCCUCAGGGCUGCCGAGCGGGCAAACGUCAAGGUUUUUAUGGCCUCCUCGUGGAACAAUGACUGGACAAAGAUCAAGUUUGGCGAUUUCGAGCACUACGACGCUCAUAUUGCCUUUGAGCAACAGGCCGCCAUGACAAGCUCAAUCAAGCCGGUGUAUCUUCUCACGGGCACUUUUGCUGACCUCCUGUUUACGCCGUACGGGCCGGGAGGUUUCGAUACUUCUGGUGAUGUCCCUCAAAUGCGCUACUGGGGCGAGGGGAACAAGAAGUUGCAUUCAUGGACGGCGCAAGACGACGUUGCUGCAUGGACCAUUGAGAUCCUCAUCAAUGGGGACGGCGUUCAACAGGGCAAGGGGGGAUUCUUCAGAAUGCGCUCUGGAGUCAAUACGAUUGAGGAACUGGCGUUGGCAUACGAGGAGGCGACGGGGACCUUUGUUGAGGUCAAGCGCCAAGGCACCCUGGGGAUGCUUGCGGAAGAGAUUGCGAGACUGCGUAAGGAGAAAGGCAGAGCUAGAAACUUUGAGUAUCUCCCAGAGGUUGUCGCAUUCUUGAGCGACCAGGGACUAUUCGAGGUGCCGGCUAGUGAAAUUGUGUCUUUGGGGCGUGUUCGCAAGCCCACAACUCUGGAAGAACACCUCAAGAUACGGUUCGGCAGCUGA